GCUCAUUUACGAAAAUAAGUACGUCGAUGUCGAUCUUCUACUACUUCAACACACGCGUCCUCCAUCUCCAACCAACAAACAAAAAUAGCGAGUUGUUCGUUCUUGUGAGAACCUCACUCAUAGAAGUCAUAUCCACCGACCCAAUAUUUCGGCUAAAGCAACUUCUUCUUCAUAGAGUUCGUUGAUUUGGAGACAAAAAAUGUUGGAAUCUCUGGCAUCAAAUCCCAUGGUCGAGGUGGCCGCUGGGAUGAGCACGCUACCGUACGCAUGGGAAAUUACGACCUUCCUCUUCCUAGCGCAGGUAUUUUGAUUUUUUCGAUUUGCUUAUAUCAAGUCGAAUUUUUGGAAUAAGAAUGAGUGAGAUCUUCUUUUCUCGUUAAUUAUGGCUGACUGUUAAUUUUGUCCGUUUACCUACUUAGGCGUAGAUGACGAUGAUCCCAUGGUCCUUGAUAACCAGAAGAGCAAUGAAUUGAUUGGCAUAAGAACUCGGAGGACAGGAAUGCAUCUCACUACGAAAUGCAGGUUGUCGAUGAUCUCGGAGGCGCAACCACCGGUCCCAUUGGCACAAGAGUAAUCGAUUGCCUCAAGGUCCUAGUCCGAGCUUUUGGAGGUAAUAAUUCUACGUUUGUUUUGGACAACAUUGUUGUAGAAGUAAAAGAAUUUUGGAGCAGUUGUGCGUGUGAACUCAAUUUCGAGUAGGUAGAAAUUCCAACAAAUACAAAACGAAAACUGAGUAGUCCUCAAGUAUUAUGUUCUUAGCUAUCUCUAACUCUACUUCUACGUACGACCUCAUCACACAAUAAUGAAAUUUCCAGGUGUGCACGUGAUCCUGCCACUUAUUUUGGGUACCUUUCCAUCGGUGCUGCUGAAGGACCUCGAUAGAUAUGCUGCGUUGUAUGCUGCUGUCGUCGUAAUCUUCGUUCUCCUCGGAAAAUUCAUCCCAGAAAAGCUCGCACGCGCACUCAAGACCCCAAAGAGAAUCGCAUACUGCAUGUUCUUCUGCAACGCAUGCACCAGUGGAGUUAUUCAAGGUAAAAAUGGCCUUAUCAGAAAAAAAUUCAAGAUAAAGUUUUCUAUGCUCUCUUCAAAAUUUGAUGACCAGCAGAAACAAGUAGAUGUUUUUACCACAAACAAAGACAACCACUGUGGAUCACCAGUUCACCUCUUCGUCUUCCCGAUCAUCAAGCAAAACUAGGUGUUGUCGCAUACCCGGAUAGCAAGACUGCACCCUUGCUGUUGGGUUUUCUCGCGGUUAUGGGUGGCUACUUGCUAGAACAGGGUCUCGGCACGAAGCUCUUUGAUAGAGAGUACAGCAACGAUCAGCUCUUGGCCGUCUUCGGGCCCGCUAUCUUCUCCCUCAGCAUGGGCAUGUAUUACCUGUACUUGGACUUGUGGUGUAGGCAGUAGAUGAAGUAGAAGAUAAAAGUCGAAAGUUAUUUUAUGAUAUCUUCAUAUAAUAGGACUAGGUCUAGUCUCGAUAGUACAGUGAUCAAGCCUACUCAUCUCCUCUCACUCAUCAAUCCAACACGCUCGAAACCAGGCUCAUGCAGCACCCGUACACCAUGCCGGAGGGCAUUGCGCGAGCAUUGGUGUUGCUCUUCCGCCUUUCGUGUGAAGUCGUCGACUACAACGAAAUUUUGAGCUUCAUCAACCUUGUUCGUAUUCGCUGCCUCCGAAAGAUCGCCAAAACGAUCGGCGCCAAUCCGUAAGCGGUAUCCGUAGAAGCUGAGGUUAGAGGAAAUGGUAAACUCAGGAUUAGAAAAUUGGAGUAAAUUAUGAAGAGGAGGUACAAGAACUGAUGAAAAUGAUUACAUAUGGAGUUCACAAUUAUGACAACAUGAAUUGUAAAUGUAAACAGACAGUAGAAAGUGUAUGAAUUUAUAAAAACUUAAUAACAAAGCCUAGAAGAACAACAUCAAAACUCGUAUUUAUUUAAAAAGUCCAACAAUUUACAAUAUGAUCAACUUCAACAUCACUUAAAACUGGCAAAUACUACAAAGAGAACGUGGAAAAAAAAGGACCUCUAUCAUUCAAUAAGGGCUGGGGCUAGCACUCUGGGAGACACUCAAGCGCGUCAUUUCUCAGCGACCGGAUGUCUUGACAUCAUGUACAACUAUAGAGAAGGGAUGGACCACGAGGCAAGAACGCAGAAACAUUAUGGGCUAGUAUUCUCUUCCAGUGUUACACCGAGUCUAAGUUGAUUGAUCAGGAGUUCAGUAUACUACGUAUUUCUUGACAAAACCGACGCCGACAAGUUGUAGAAUCUAAUCGACAGAAUAAACUUCAGAGAUAUCAACGACCGAUCAAGACCGUAGAAAUUAACAUUCACACGGAUUCUGUACUCUUCUUGAUUGGGUUUCUUGAAAGCAUAUAGCAAAACUAACCUGUUCGAGAUUAUAGCUACAAAAAAUGAUGAACUAAAAAACUGAGAUUACACAGCAGACCUGUAGUUAUUUAGUUUGGGAAAGAUGAAAGAAAU